ACUAAUCUCUCGCACGAACUCCUGGGCAAGAGCAAGGCUCCACAAGGCCGGUUGGGGAGAAGAUAAUCCUUCAGUCUAAUACAUUUGUGGAUUAGAGAACGAGGCUGGUGAGGGAAAAACCCAAACGCCGCGCCGGAAUCCAGCAUGGAGAAGCAGCAGACGACAAUCCUGGAGGAAACCCUCCUCCAGAGGAGCCCGGAGUGGAAGCAGGAGGAGAGCUUGUCGAUAGGCGAAGAGGUGAAGAGGCAGCUGUGGCUGGCCGGGCCGCUCAUCGCCGGCAAUCUGCUGCAGAACCUUAUCCCGAUGAUCUCCGUCAUGCUCGUCGGCCACCUCGGCGAGCUGCCCCUCGCGGGCGCCUCCGUGGCCAACUCCUUCGCCACAGUCACCGGAUUCAGCCUAAUGCAGGGCAUGGCUACUGCUCUGGACACCUUGUGCGGUCAAGCAUACGGAGCCAGGCAAUACCAUCUGCUCGGCAUCUACAAGCAACGGGCAAUGCUUAUACUCACCCUGGUCAGCAUCCCGGUGGCCGUUCUGUGGUUCUAUACCGGCAGCGUCCUGCUCCUUGUCGGCCAGGACGAGGACAUUUCCAUGGAGGCUGGCACCUACGCCCGAUGGAUGAUCCCAGCGCUCUUCGCCUACGGCCUUCUGCAGUGCCAUGUCCGGUUCCUGCAGACGCAGAACAUCGUGCUCCCGGUGAUGCUGAGCGCUGCCCCGACGGCGCUCUUCCACCUCCCCGUCUGCUGGCUGCUGGUGCAUGGCCUCGGGCUAGGCAGCAAGGGCGCUGCUCUUAGCAACGCCAUCUCCUUCUGGAUCAACGUGGUCAUUCUGGCCGUGUACGUGAGGGUGUCGAGCACUUGCAACAAGACAUGGACGGGAUUCUCCGUGGAAGCUUUCCAUGACCUGCUUAGCUUCUUCAGACUCGCCGUACCAUCUGCUCUCAUGGUCUGCUUGGAAUGGUGGUCAUACGAGGCCCUGGUGCUGUUGUCAGGGCUUCUUCCUAACCCCGAACUUGAAACGUCAGUCCUGUCGAUCACCCUCAACACGGCGACCUUAGUGUUCAUGAUACCCUCCGGUCUUGGAGCCGCCAUAAGCACCCGAGUUUCAAACGAGCUCGGAGCAGGCAGACCACAGGCCGCCCGCCUUGCCGUGCGCGCCGUUUUGAUGUUUGCCGCCUCGGAAGGCCUGAUCAUGAGCCUACUACUGGUCUCUGUGCGCCACAUCUGGGGUUAUACUUACAGCGACGAGGAGGAGGUCGUGGCAUACGUAGCCAAGAUGCUUCUGCUGAUUGCAGUUUCCAACUUCUUUGACGGAAUUCAGUCCGUUCUCUCAGGUGUGGCCAGAGGCUGUGGGUGGCAGAAGAUAGGUGCCUGCAUCAACCUCGGCGCAUUCUACGUCGUCGGCAUACCGGCUGCCUAUCUCCUAGCCUUCGUGCUGCGCGUUGGCGGAAUGGGCCUUUGGACGGGAAUUAUCUGUGGCAGCACGGUGCAGGUCUUGCUGCUCCUGGCCAUCACACUGCGCACCGACUGGCAGAAGGAGGCAACAAAGGCGAAAAACAGAGUCUUCUAUUCUGCCAUGCCAACAGAUCUCGCGACAUGAAGGUAUCAUUAGGUGGUACAGAAGUAGCCAGCAGGAGAUUCUCAAGAAUGACACAGGGUGUGUAAAUCGACUAACCACUUAACCACCAUCGGCAAUUGGUUACCUGAUACUGUUGAGUAGGGCUGGGCAUUCGGAUGUAACUGAAAAUUCGGUUCGUUUUUUUUUUUGGUUUCUUGAUAUUUCGGUUAGUGAGAAAUGACAACCGGAAUUAUAACGAUUUCUUAAUUAACCAGUAGUUCGGUUAGCGGAAA